CGGGGGCGGAGCGGAGAAGGAAGGUGACCCGGACGGGGCGGAGUCAGCGCGGCCUGAGCGGCAGCCUUACGCGACAUGGGAGGGAUGUUGUGGCCGGUGGCGCUCCGCACCUGGAGGCGGGACAUCUCCUCCUGGCUGGACCGAUGGUUCCCUAAAGCCCCAGCCAAGUCUGUGGUGGCCCUAAAGACACCUAUCAAGGUGAAUCUGGUGGCUGGAAAAACCUACAGGUGGUGUGUAUGUGGCCGCAGCAAGAAACAGCCUUUCUGUGAUGGCUCCCACUUCUUUCAACGAACUGGCUUAUCCCCACUCAAGUUCAAGGCCCAGGAGACCCGAACGGUGGCCCUCUGUACCUGCAAGGCCACCCAGAGGCCCCCAUACUGUGAUGGCACCCACAGGAGCGAGCAGGUGCAGAAGGCAGAAGUAGGCUCCCCACUCUGAGGGGGUGGCUACUUGAUUCCAGGACUCUGACAGGCACCCCCUUUGUGGGGAAAGAAACUGAGUGCCAAGCCCAAGAAGGAACCAUCCCGGGGCCCCAGUACCCACAGCUGGCUUGUUUAGAAAUCGUUCCCCACAACCCAAGGUCUCCAGUCACAGCAAUUGGGAGGGGGUCCCUGGUUCAGGGUCUGCUGGUGGAGAAGGUGGCAUUAAACAAGCAUGACUCCCUGGA